ACCCCAGAGGUUUGCUGCCAAGCGCGUCCAGCAUAAAAAAAAAAAAAAUGAUUAGCAGAAGGGAGAGAAGGAAGAUCGUAGCAAAGGGGGAGACCCAGAUUAACUUACAUUGCGACGAAGUUUGAGAGACUGAGCUCUGUCGAGGCUCGGAUAAAGGUGUGUGUGGGCAGGAGCGGCGACUGUAAUUUUGUUUCUCGCUCGUUUCUGCUACUGACUGAAUGUGCGAAUUAUCCACACACAAUUAGCUCUCCAGAACAACAAAGCAAAAGCCUGAAAAAGAGAAGACAUCCAUUAAAACCUGAAACGUUUGCACAUAAAACCGUUCGCUACCGUUACGAUUCAGCCAGACCUGACGAGAAGGGGAGGGGCAGGGGGGUCUGGUAUACCGGGGCCCGCUGCCGUGAAGUGAACCCGGCCUUGGUCAGUGGAUUUUCUUCCUUCUCUACUUUUCUUUUUUCUUUUCCUCAUUUACUAACCACUCACGUGUAAACAACUAUGCUCCAGUAGUGAUGUAGAUCCUAGUGCACGUGUCCUAAUGUUAGCAGUCUAUACUACGUUACUGAAUGAAAUGUAUAUAUUGGCAAUCGAAUUGUAAGCAUAUCAUUAUACACUGGGAAAAUAAUUUAUGAUUACAAGAGGCUCGUGCUGGCUGUCGGUGGCCCUGGCUGCAGGGGCUUCAAAAACAGUCGCCAGCCAUGCAGAUAGUUGAGCGCUUAAUAACGCGGUUACCUAACUCAGUCGAAAAUUGGGGAAGCAGGGCGAAAGGAGUGUUAAGUGCACCGCUUCUUUUGAACCCACAUAUUCCCAAAGUCAACCCAGAUUUUCUACGAUGUUUGCGAAGUUCACGGAAGUCUGAGAGAGAAGGGCACCCCGAUGUUUGUACCUAGGGGUGAUAACAUCUUACUUAUUUAAAUAUAAAAUUUAACAAGAGAAAUAUGUGGUAUCUGAUACCUGACUUCCCAAAGACUGAAAAAUUAUAGAACUAUCUCUAACUUUACCGGUUAAGCUAUUUGAAAUAUCGCAUUUCGGUUGCAUAACGUGAAAGCACAAACGACGGUCUGCGCAUGUGUGGUGCAAAUGCGUAGGAACAGAAAUCAGGUGCUGCGGGAGGAAACUGCACCACGCUUCCAUCUCUUCCGGCUGCCUUUUAUUUGUUUGCUUUUUAGUUUAUUUUAAUUAUUAUUCUUAAGCAGUCACGUGCUGUUCAGUUAUGUUUCAGCACGCCUUUACCUUGAUUAUCUUGCUGAAUUGCUGUAAUGGUCGGAGUAUUGAUGAGCUGAUUAGUGCGGCCAUGAAGUCACCAACAGACGACCUGAUGAAAGACGAAACUCACAGCUUUAUUAGAGUCGACUUAGACAUGGUCUUCGACAUCGGUCAAUGGGAGAUAAUCACGAAUCUCAACAAAAGCUACAGCUUAAGUCCAUCUUUCCAAGCUCGUCCUCCGAGAGGAAGCCUCAGGAAAGCCAAUGAUAGACCCAGGCGACAGGCAAUCAAACAUGGAGUUCAAGGGGCUAAGCCUUGGACCAACAAUGUCAUUCCGUACGAGAUUGAUUAUAGAGAUUUCUAUGGCCGAGGCCUGCAGAUAAUCUACGAUGCCAUGGACUACUGGAUGAGGUUCACUUGCUUAUCUUUCAUCCCAGCCACGUUCAACCACAAGAACAAAAUUCGCUUUAUAGAUGGCGACGGAUGCUGGUCACAUGUUGGUAUGCUUGGCGGCAGACAAGCGGUGUCGUUAGGACGAGGAUGUUUACAUCCAGGGGUCGUGGCUCACGAACUGGGACACGUCAUCGGCUUUUUUCACCAGCAGUCGAGGCCAGAUCGCGACGAAUACAUUCGCAUCCACUACGAGAACAUCGCUAACCAUCUGAAGGACAGCUUCACGAAGUUAAGUUGGGACAGAAUCGCCGAUCUCGGUGUUCCCUACGAUUACCUCAGCAUCAUGCACUAUGGAAGCAGGGCUUUCUCGUAUAAUGGAAGGAUCACUAUAGAAACGCGAGAUCGCUCCUAUCAGAACCUGAUCGGUAACAGGGUCGGCCUCAGCUUCCGCGACAUCAAGUCCACCAACCUCCUCUAUAACUGCAGGCCGAUCUCUUGCCACCUGCGAGAUGACGACUGUCCAGGUGAGGGGUUCGUCAGCAAGGACUGCAGCUGCUGGUGCCCCUCUUACUCGAGUGACAGGAGAAACCCUUACGUUGUCUGCACGCCAGGGGGCGAAGACGGCGACAAAAACAUUGAUAGACAUGGGAUAGCUGCGCAGGACCAGUGCUUUGAUCAACACAAAGACUGCGAUUACUGGAGGAACGAGGGACACUGCACAUCCACUUCUUUUGGCUCAUACAUGGCCACCAACUGCAGACGUUCCUGUGGGCUUUGCAAAACCUCACAGGACCAGUGCUUUGAUGAACACAAAGACUGCGAUUACUGGAAGAACGAGGGACACUGCGGAUCGUCUUCUUUCAGUUCAUACAUGGCCACUUACUGCAGACGUUCCUGCGGGCUUUGCCAAACUUCUACUGACUCACCUACUCUGCGAGUGACCACCCCUGAGCCGCUGGCGCCAUGUGAAGUGAACUGCCAUGACAGGCAUGCAAUGUGCCAGACGUGGGCACGAAGAGGAGAGUGUGCCAUCACAUCUGACUACAUGCUCCAGUACUGUCGAAGAGCGUGUGAUGUCUGCUGCUCCUCGAAAUAAGCAAGAUUACAUAUAACAACAACAGCGACAUCGUGCAUGCGCACUGCACAGCUUGCCCCAAGGACCUUCUGUCUAAGAAGAUAAAUGUGUCUUUGCCGGAACUGCACUCAUGUAAACACGUCAACGAGGAAAGAGUUGUUCACAAUGGGAGCCUGGGAUGAUCCCCGAAUGGUUAAAGAUAUUUUUGGUUGCUUAAGAUGACAGUCCAGUCACACCAGCUUGUUUCAAGAUAAGUAGCAAACUUGAAGGCUUGCGAUGGUUGUAAGUGUGGAAUUUGCAGUUUAUGUCCGGUGCUUGUUUAAUUCAUAUUUUUUCCUGCAUGGUUCAGACUUUCGCCAGUCGUUGUUGCAAUAAUCAUUGGUAUAAUGGUUUUUUAAAAUGUGCAUGUUUAUGUAAAGCAAGGCCUUACAAGAGAAUCAUGAUUUUCUCUUUUGAUAAUUGUGAUUUUUGUGAUGUAAUCAAGUCAAUAAACAUGUUUUUCGAUAAAAGUAGAUGCCGUUCUUGAUCCCAAACCUCUUGUCAAAACGUAUUCAUGAUUAAAUUCAAGAAAAGUUCUUCAAAAGAUGCAGAUCAAUUAUUUGUCUUGAGGGCAUGUUGCCGACAUUUGCUCCUCGAGGAGUAACAAAGAAUGAACUUGGUGGCAUGUGCGAAAAAUGUUUUACAUCCACACCUUCAUAAAGCACUAAAUUUCACAAAACGUUUGCUAGAAAUCCGAAAACUACGCACUUUGAAGUUACGGAACUGCUUUGGAUGAAGAUUCCUUUGUCUUGUUUAUCCACAUAACUAUUGGCAUGUUAUAGGCUUUUUGAUCCAUGUAAAUAUAUACGAGCAUUCAUGUAGCCGACUUCAAAAUGCUGAACUGGUUUUCUUAAAAAGAGAGGCAAAGCGAAGACCGAGAAGACCCCUCUUUUUCUCUCUCUCUCUCGAUGGCAUGCCUACUUCUCUGCCUCUAUAACAUCGAUAGACGAUAGCAACAUAGUUAUUGCCCACAUAUCUAUAGCUACCACUCUUCAAGAAAGUACUUUGCAUAUGUAAGAAAAUGAGCGGGAAAAGGGAUCGGCACACCCAUUGCUUAUGCUGGUUAUAUGGACAUAUCAUUAGUCAGCCUUAAGAAUAACUGUCGUUUUUUCGGGGAAAUCCCAUUAUACCACACGUCACGUCAUUUCCCGCCACUGAUGAAAGUAUUAAUUCACCCCGUGCAGCACACCUUCGCACUUUCAUUCACGGAUGUGCACGGAGCACAACUUACUCCUCAGUUUCUCCUGAACAACGCUGUAGCGGAAUCGUAGAAAUGUGUCCGACAAUAGUACAUCUGACAUACCUGACAUUGUUCGUGGCACACAUCACUACACUUUGUGGCGGUUCCACAAGUCCGAGCUGGGACAACUGCUACGGUCGCCACUGCGAAGUGGGAGAGUACUGCGGCUUGCACGAACCAUUCCGGA